AGCUUUAGGCACCGAAAGGCCCUAAUGAGGCAGAGUUGAAACCGGGGAGGAAAGAAGCUCUUUAAAUAGUUUCAUAUUUCAAGUGCAGGCAGAAUGAAGGCUUCAAAAUAUAAAGAAAAUUCUAAACGCAACGAAGUGCUUUUAACUUGUGCUGCGACUCCUUUAAAAAUGGAUAUAGAACAUAACGGAUCAUCUACAAAUAGUAUACCUGAGAGUGGUGAAGAAUUUAAUCUUUUCCAGUCCACUGGGCAACCGAGACUCGGUGCCCAGCCACAAAGUGAUAACAAAAUCAAUUGGAAGUUACUAAGAGAAGCAUGUCUUUCAAAUGAUGUUUUUACUAACUCUGAGAGUGACGUCUUAAAGCAAAAAAGUCCUCUUUGUAAUAAUAUGUUACAUAUAGCUGCUAGUCUUGGAAAUGAUGAACUUGUGAAAAAGGUAAUUCCAAAAGCCCCACAUCUUUUGACCGAAGAAAAUUUUAAUGGUGACACUGCACUGCAUGUUGCUGCAAAAUGUGGCCAUUUCCCUGUUCUUGAGAGUUUGAUAUUUGGUCAUUUUAAAAUCUUCCAAGAGGCUUUGGACAAAAUCUUAAUAAAAAAUAAGCUUGGAAACACAUUUUUCCAUGAGGCUAUAAUUAAUGGUGACGAAGAAGAAUUGCUUUCCCUACUUUCUCAUUUUAACGAGGUGUCAAAGAGAGCUACACUAUUAGAAAUAAACAAUGAAAAGAAAUCAGGUUUAUAUUUGGCAAUUGAGGCUGGCUACAAGCAACUUAUUGAUAAAGCACUAAGUGAAGAAAUUAUGCAAGACUCAAACUUUGUUACUCGAGGAAAAUCACCCCUUCUUGCAGCAAUCUUGAAGCAAGACGAAGAUAUUUUAAAUACUAUAUUGACAAAAAAGCCAGGAUGGAUUCAUUUAAGGGAUACAAAAGGAAGGAUUCCUCUUCAUUACGCAGCAUCUAUAGGUUAUAAAAAAGGAGUUGAUUAUUUGCUAAAACAAUGUCCUUCAUGCUCCAUGGAAAGGGACGGAGAUGGAUUUUUUUCCACUUCAUUUGGCUUCUUAUGCUGCCCAUGUUGAAGUAGUCCAAGAAUUACUAAAACAAGAAUAUUGUCCAGAUCCUAUGGAAAUGCUUGAUAAUGAUGGUCAAAAUAUUCUUCAUCUUGCGGUUAAAGGUGGAAAUUUUAAGAUGGUAAGGCACAUUUUACAAUCCACUGACGAAGGGGUUCAAAAAAUGAUAAAUAGCCAGGAUAUUAAUGGGAACACUCCCUUGCAUUUGGCUGCCUUGCACUGUCAUCCAAAAAUUGUACUUGUCUUGACAUGGAAAAAAGAAGUGAAUCUGAAUUUAGUUAACAAAAAAUAUCAAACAGCUCUCACUGCUUUUAAGCCACCCCUAAAUCCAUCUCUUCGACAGCAACUAACAUGGUCAGCUUUAAGGUCUGCUGGCAUGCAAUCCAAUAACUCAGUGUUAUCACCUAUUAAAAUCCCUCCGAAAAGUAAAGAUUUAUGGAAGCGAAAUUGGUUGCCCCGACGCGAAAGCAUGGAACCAUACAAGGACAGAGUUAACACUCUUAUGUUGGUUUCAACCCUUAUAAUUACGGUAACAUUUGCUGCAGGUUUCACUAUGCCCGGUGGCACUAAUAGCUCUGAUCCUGAACAUGGCAUGGCUCUAAUGCUAAAUCGGAUAUGGUUCAAAUUAUUCAUCUUUUGCAUUACAAUAUCAAUGUAUGGUGCCAUUAGUGUUACUAUCAUACUCAUUAGGGCCCAACUUGGAGAUAUAACUUUGGCACUUCUUGCCCUUAAAGUGGCAAGGUAUCUUCUAGGAAUCACUCUUGCAACACUGUCUUUAGCAUUUUUGGCUGGUGUGCACUUGGUUAUUAGUGAUCUCAGUUGGCUAGCCACUUCUUCCUUGGUCUUAGGUUUGGUAUUCAUUUUCUUCUUGUUGUUGUUAUACAUUCUCCUUUGGUUUCCCUCAUCGUCAAGCAACCCAAUAGUCAGACGUAUGUCCUACUAUCCCUUUUUGUUGCUAGCAUUGUUGGUUGAACCUGAUGAAGAGUAAUUUGAUUUCACAUAUUUAAAAGCAUUUCUCCAUUUCUUU